GGCCGGGCGGGAGGCAUGGCGGGGCCCCCGGCCCUCCCCCCGGAGACGGCGGCGGCCACCACGGCGGCCGCCGCCUCGUCGUCCGCCGCUUCCCCGCACUACCAAGAGUGGAUUCUGGACACCAUCGACUCGCUGCGCUCGCGCAAGGCGCGGCCGGACCUGGAGCGCAUCUGCCGGAUGGUGCGGCGGCGGCACGGCCUGGAGCCGGAGCGCACGCGGGAGCUCGAGAAACUGAUCCAGCAGCGCGCCGUGCUCCGGGUCAGCUACAAGGGGAGCAUCUCGUACCGCAACGCGGCGCGCGUCCAGCCGCCCCGCCGCGGAGCCACCCCCACCCGCCCCGCCGCGCGUCCCCGGGGCCCCGCCGCGCCGCCGCCCACGCGCCCGCCGCCCGCGCCCGUCGCCGCCCCUGACCCGGCGCCCCGCGCGGCCGCCGCCACAGCGCCCCCUUCUCCCGGCCCCGCGCAGCCGGGUCCCAGGGCGCAGCGGGCCGCGCCCCUGGCCGCUCCGCCACCAGCGCCCGCCGCGCCCCCGGCCGCGGCGCCCCCAGCCGGCCCGCGCCGUGCACCGCCGCCCGCCGUCGCCGCCCGGGAGCCGCCGGCGCCGCCACAGCAGCAGCAGCCGCCACCGCCGCAGCCACAGCCGCCGCCGGAGGGGGGCGCGCGGGCGGGCGGCCCGGCGCGGCCCGUGAGCCUGCGGGAAGUCGUGCGCUACCUCGGGGGCAGUGGCGGCGCCAGCGGCCGCCUCACCCGCGGCCGCGUGCAGGGGCUGCUGGAAGAGGAAGCGGCGCGAGGCCGUCUGGAGCGCACCCGCCUGGGAGCGCUCGCACUACCCCGCGGAGACAGGCCGGGACGGGCGCCGCCGGCCGCUAGCGCACGCGCGGCGCGGAGCAAGAGAGGUGGAGAAGAACGGGUGUUUGAGAAAGAAGAGGAAGAUGAUGAUGAAGAUGACGAAGAGGAGGAGGAGGACAAUGUAUCUGAGGGCUCCGAAGUGCCCGAGAGUGACCGCCCCGCAGGUGCUCAGCACCACCAGAUUAAUGGAGAGCGGGGCCCUCAGAGUGCUAAGGAGAGGGUCAAGGAGUGGUCGCCCUGUGGACCCUUCCAGGGCCAGGAUGAAGGGCGGGGACCAGCACCUGGCAGCUGCACACACCAGGUGUUCUCGAUGACAGCUAUGAAUAAAGAAGGGGGAUCAGCUUGUGUUGCAGCUGCUCCAGAUUCUCCAUCUCCUGUGCCUUUGCCUCCAGGAAAACCAGCCCUACCUGGGGCUGAUGGGACACCAUUUGGCUGUCCUCCUGGGCGCAAGGAGAAGCCAACGGACCCAGUGGAGUGGACAGUCAUGGAUGUGGUGGAAUACUUCACUGAGGCAGGCUUCCCAGAGCAGGCCACUGCUUUCCAAGAGCAGGAAAUUGAUGGCAAGUCUUUGUUGCUCAUGCAACGGACAGAUGUGCUCACUGGCCUGUCCAUCCGCCUGGGCCCAGCCCUGAAGAUCUACGAGCACCACAUCAAGGUGCUUCAGCAAGGCCACUUUGAGGACGAUGAUCCUGAUGGCUUUCUAGGCUGAGCACCCAGCCUUGCCCCCACCCCAGCCAGUCCAGAUUUCACCCAUGGCAGCCCCAUAGUCCAGGAGCUGGAUAUGGGUACGCUCAACCUUCCUAACAGACUCCAGUGAGGGGAUUCCCUUCUCCAUUUUCCCCCUUUUCUCACACCCCUGACCUUAGUUCACCCCUCUCCACAGCAGUGGAGUGUGGGGUUGGAGGACUUGGCUGGCUCAUUUGCCAGGGGUCACCCUUUCUCCCCAAACCAGGACAUUUUUGAACAAAAACCAGGGGAGCUUCCUGUGGCCCCAAACCCCUCUUCAGUUCAGCCAGAUGUAUCUUAUAUGUGUUUUGUUCUACCUAUUCAUCCUGGUGGUGGUUUUUCCUCGUCCCACCACCCCCAGACCCUCCCCCUUGACCCCCAGCCUCUGGGGAACAGGUGAGGUAAAGGACCUUGGGUCCUCUAGCUCCUUCCCUUUCUGUCUGUCGACUGUUCCACCUGGCUGUAUUGCUUUUUAAUAUUGCACCGAAGGUUUUUUAAAUAAAACUU